CAAGGUUUGGCCCUGUCGCCACGCCGUAGGUUUGUCGUCUCAAAGGUGCGCCGGCAGGCAGGAGUGUGCGGUGGCGAGGAGAUGUUGCUGUUGCGGCCGUUGCGCCUCUUCAUCUCGCGCACUGGUAUCCGCCCGGCGGGGCCCCUCCUGCUUCAGCCGCCCCAGCCAUGGCACACAUUUCACGCUGGGACCUGGCUGUUUGUCUCGGCCUCCAGCAAGGAGCUUCUUAUGAAGCUACGGCGGAAAACGGGCUACUCCUUUGUGAACUGCAAGAAAGCUCUGGAGACUUGUGGCGAGGAUCUCAAACAGGCAGAGAGCUGGCUCCACAAGCAGGCACAGAAGGAGGGCUGGAGCAAAGUUGCCAAACUCCAUGGGAGAAAGACUAAAGAAGGCCUCAUUGGUCUGCUGCAGGAAGGGAACACGACUGUGUUAGUAGAGGUAAACUGUGAAACAGAUUUUGUUUCCAGAAACUUAAAAUUUCAACAGUUGGUCCAUCAAGUAGCCCUUGGAACCAUGUUGCAUUGUCAGAGCCUAAAGGAUGAACUCUCCACGUAUAGUAAAGGUUUCUUGAAUUCCUCUGAGCUCUCUGAACUUCAAGUGGGGCCUGACAGAGAAGGCUGUCUCAAGGAGCAAUUGGCCCUGGCAAUUGGUUAUCUCGCAAUAUCUGUGAUGUUUCAGUGAGUCAUGGAUGAGAAACCCAGCAGACAGCAAUGUAUGGAGGCUUAUUAAGAAAUUCUGGAAGGAUGGGUAUUUCAGCCUCGUCAAUUUCUGGAAAUUAACUAUUGGGUAGAUGAUUUGCUUGCUUUUAAGAUUUGUUUUGGUUUCUGAAUACUCCCUUUUCAUGACUUUUAGAUAUUAUUAUGGAAAAUCCAGGGACAUUUAUCCAGUCCUCUUUUUUUAUUCUCUUACCCUUUCCUACCUUUUAGCUUAUGAGGACUUCUGUUAGAGGAAAAUAGAAUCCUAGGAGAAAGGGGAAACUGGAAUUGAGUCUGUUUUUGGUUCCUAUAAACAAUUCUGGAAAUGUUAUCUUUUUAUUUUUGAUGAGAGGAAGUUGAAACUCUCAGACAACGUGGGGUUUUGGAUUUUCUGGGGCUUUUUGUUGUGGACUUUUUCCUGCUACAAUGGAUGAUCAGGUGUUGUGUGUGUCAAUUAUGGUGGUAUUGGGGAGGGAUGUUAAUUUGGUGGGUUAAAGCACUUAACUUCUUUGGAGUCAGAUCUGAGUUUUAAUUCCAGCUCUAUCAUGUAUUUGUGACUCUGAGCAGGUCACUUAAGCUCUCUGAGCCUUAGUUUAAUAUAAUAAAUAAUGGCCAUCAUUUGAGUGCCCACUAUGUGCCAGACACUGUAGCAAAUUCUUUAUUAGAUAUCUUAUUUAUUCAACCAAUAAUGCUGAAAUGUAGUUGGGAUCAUCUUCAUUUUACAGAUGAGCACACUAAGUCUUGAUACAUUAGUAAAUGAGGUUACAUCAAGUCACUUGUCCAAGGUUGUGUAUCAAAUAAGAGGCAGAACUGAGAAGUGAGUCCGGUGUCUGUCUGAUACCAAGGUCAUGUUUUUAAAUACCAGAGUGCCUGGCAGAUAGUUGGUACUCAAUAAAGGUAAACGCCAUCUUCCCCAAACUCCUAACAUCCCCCCCCCCCCUUUUCCUCUAAACAAAAACCAAAGAUGGUAUCUGCCCAUCUUAUAGCAACUCCACAGUAAAUGCAGAGGGAUUGUCUCCCAAACCUGUCCUCCUCUGCACAUAUUUUGAUAUCACCACAGGCAUCGUAUUCUGGUGGUGUGUUGGUUUUUUGUUUUUGUUUUUU